UCUCCUCCACUGUAUAAAAAGAUAACCAGGGCUCCACAGCGCAAUAUCCAGACAUUGACAUUGAUCUACUGGACGGAGUUCCAGUGUUCUCUGAGAAACAAUGGCGGUCUGGACUGUCUAUCUGUCUCUCUGUCUUCUCGUAGCUUUGGGUGCCUCAGGUCAAGACGUUGUUCCAGAAUGUCCCAGCAUUCCAUAUGGUGAGAGAGUGGACUGUUUCCCAGAUCCCAACGCUUCCGAGCAAAAGUGUUUGGAAAGAGCUUGCUGCUGGAGCCCUGUGAGUGAGGCUAACGUCCCUUGGUGUUUCUUUUCCAAGAACCAUGGCUACAGCGUGGUCAGCGAAAGCAAGCCCGACAGCACACAUAUUGAGGCCAAGCUGAUAAGAAUGGAUGCUCCAUCUCUAUUCGGAGCUGACAUUAAAGAAGUGACCUUCUACGCUGAAAUGCAGACAGAAAAUCGUCUUCGAUUUAAGAUCACUGAUACAAAUCAAGCCAGGUUUGAGGUUCCUCACGAGCAUGUGCAAGCGCCUUCCAGUCCUCCCACCGGACCCCUAAAUUACAGACUGGAGCUGACCCAGAAGCCCUUUGGACUGAAAGUUUGGAGAAAAUAUCCUGAGAAACUCCUGUUUGACACAACCAUUGGGCCGCUGGUUUUUGCUGAUCAGUACCUUCAGCUCUCGGCUAAACUCCCCUCUCACAAUAUUUAUGGACUUGGAGAGCAUGUCCAUCAGACCUUCCGCCAUGACACCAACUGGAGGACCUGGCCUAUGUUCACAAGAGAUGCUUUUCCCAAUGGCGGCACACACAACCUGUACGGCCACUAUCCCUAUUUCACAUGUCUGGAAGAUGGCAGCGGCCAAUCCUUUGGUGUUUUCCUCAUGAACAGCAAUGCUAUGGAGGUGACAAUCCAGCCGGCUCCAGCCGUAACCUACCGGACUAUUGGAGGGGUUUUGGACUUCUACAUCCUGCUUGGGGAGACUCCAGAGGCAGUGGUGGACGAGUUCACACAGUUGAUCGGCAGGCCUUUUAUCCCUCCGUACUGGUCUCUGGGCUUCCAGAUCUCUCGCUGGGACUACGGCAGCCUGGACGAGAUCAAGAAAGUCGUGGAGAGAAAUCGACAGGCCGGCCUUCCAUAUGACGUCCAGUACACUGAUAUUGACUACAUGGAGGACAAAAAGAUCUUCACCUAUGAUACAGUGAAAUUUGCUGAGCUGCCUCAGUUUGCUGACUACAUGCAUGAAAAAGGGCAGAAAUACAUCACCAUAUUGGAUCCUGCCGUGUCCACGGGUCGGAGGAUAAAUGGACCUUAUGAAGCUCUUGAGAGGGGACAUGCAGCUAAUGUUUGGGUCACUGAACCAGACGGAGAAACGCCUCUACUGGGAGAGGUCUGGCCAGGGGAAACUGUAUUUCCUGACUUCACUAGCCAGUCUUGCAUUGAUUGGUGGGUUGAUGAAAUUGCGCGUUUCCACAAAGAAGUCAAGCAUGACGCUCUCUGGAUUGACAUGAAUGAGGUGGCUAAUUUCGUACAGGGAGGCAUCAAUGGCUGCGCUGAUAACAAACUCAACUAUCCUCCAUUCACCCCACGUAUCCUUGAUAACCUGAUGUACAGCAAGACCUUAUGUAUGGAUGCUAAACACAAAUGGGGUUACCACUAUGACGUCCACAGUCUCUAUGGCUACUCUAUGGCCCUGGCCACUGAGAAGGCAUCGAGAGCAGUGUUUGGUAAGAGCCGUUCCAUGGUUUUCACACGCUCUUCCUUCCCCGGGGUGGGCAAGUAUGCUGGGCACUGGUUGGGUGACAAUGCCGCCAACUGGAAUGACAUUAAGUGGGCGAUACCCGGCAUGCUGGAGUUUAACCUCUUUGGAGUCCCUUAUAUCGGUGCGGACAUCUGUGGGUUCUUCGAUGAUUCGCCAGAAGAGCUUUGCAGACGUUGGAUGCAAGUCGGUGCAUUUUACCCCUUCAGCCGUAACCACAACGCACAAGGGUACAAAGACCAGGACCCUGCAUCAUACGGUGCUGACUCUCUCUUGAUGAACACCUCUAAGCAUUACCUGAAGAUCCGAUACACCCUCCUGCCAUACCUCUACACUCUCUUCUACAAGGCCCACGUUAACGGAGAGACUGUACUGCGUCCCAUGAUGCAUGAGUUCUACUCCGACAGUGAAACCUGGGCAGUGCACAAGCAGUUCUUGUGGGGAGCACAUCUUCUCAUCACACCUGUGCUGGAUCCUGGUGUUGAAACUGUGGAGGCCUAUAUCCCAGAUGCCAUCUGGUAUGACUUUGAGAAGGAGAUAAGGAUUACAGAUCGCAAAGCAAAGGUUUCCUUGAACCUGCCAGCUGAUAAAAUUGGUUUACACCUGAGAGGCGGAGCCAUUCUGCCUGUACAGACACCAGACGUCACCACUACAUACAGCCGACGUCUUCCCAUGGGACUGAUCAUCGCACUCGAUGACAACAAUGCUGCGUCAGGCGAGCUCUUUUGGGAUGACGGAGACUCUCGAGAUACUGUUUCAUCCGGCUCCUUCAUUCAUUACCAGUUUUCCGUGGCUAAUGAUGUCUUGACAAUGCAUGUUACCCACAAUGGCUACACGGAUCCUAACAACUUGAAGUUUGAGAACAUCACAGUGAUGGGAGUGUCCGCGGCUCCCACCUCUGUGCUCGUGUCAGACGGCAUCACUACUGAAGCUCUGUCGGAGUCCCAGGUUCACUACGAUUCCACCAAGGAGGUGAUGUAUCUGAGAAAUCUGAAGCUGGAACUGGGGAAGGACUACACAGUCAACUGGGAGGCCAAAUACCCAAACUCUAGGCACAUCGAUUGUCACCCUGAUGCGGGUUCCGAUCAGGCCAAAUGUGAAGCCCGCGGCUGCAUCUGGAAGCCUUCAGAUGUUCCCAAUGAGCCCUGGUGUUAUUACGCUGAUACCCAUGGUUACAUCACCAGCAACAUAUUUGAAAAACCAAGUGGCAUCACUGUAGAUAUAGUGCGCAAUCCUGAUUUCCCAAGUCAACGUUUUCAAUCUCGAGACAUCGACAAGCUCCGUGUGGAAAUCACAUACCUGAGUGGACAAAGCCUGCGGUGGAAGAUCUUUGACCCAGCCAAUGCUCGCUACGAGGUCCCUGUUCCCCUCGACCUGCCCGCCGCACCAGAGACAGAGGAAAACAACAGACUGUACAGGGUUCAGAUCCAGCACAAGCCAUUCGGGAUCCAAGUGAUCAGGAAGGGCUCAGAAGAAAUCAUAUGGGACUCUGCCGUGCCAGGGUUCACAUUCUCCGAUCAGUUCCUUCAGAUCUCCACACGCCUCCCCUCAACCUAUGUCUAUGGUGUUGGUGAAACGGAGCACCCCAGCUACAGUCAUGACCUCAACUUUCACACAUACGGCCUGUUUGCCAAAGACCAGCCUCCAGGGUAUAAACUGAACAGUUAUGGACUCCAUCCCUUCUACAUGGGUCUGGAGAAAUCAAGAAACGCUCACGGCGUCCUCCUGCUCAACAGCAAUGCCAUGGAUGUGACCUUCCUGCCUGAUCCAGCUCUGACCUACCGCACCAUCGGAGGAAUCUUGGACUUCUACAUGGUGAUGGGUCCCUCUCCAGAAGCUGUGGUUCAGCAGUACACUGAGAUGAUCGGCCGCCCGGUUCUUCCAGCCUAUUGGUCGCUUGGAUUCCAGCUUUGUCGCUACGGCUACUCCAACGAUGCAGAGAUCGCAGAUCUUUACAAGGACAUGAAAGCUGCUGAAAUUCCUUAUGAUGUUCAGUAUGCAGACAUUGACUACAUGGAGAGGCAGAUGGACUUUACGCUGGACAAAGUAAACUUCAAGGGACUCCCUGCUCUGGUGGACCAGAUGAGGGCAGAGGGGAUGCGCUUCAUCUUCAUUUUGGACCCAGCUAUAGCGGCCAAUGAGACUAAAGGCUCCUACCCUGCGUUUGACACCGGGAUUGAAAAAGACGUUUUCAUCAAAUGGCCUGCUGAGCUCAGCAAUGACAUUGUGUGGGGAAAGGUGUGGCCUGAUUAUCCCGAUGUUACUGUGGACAAUUCUUUGGACUGGGAUACUCAAGUAGAGCGCUUCCGAGCUUUCGUGGCAUUCCCUGAUUUCUUCAAGAGCAGUACAGCGGAGUGGUGGGAAGAACAUAUUAAAGACUAUUACAACAACAUCAUGAAGUUUGAUGGACUUUGGAUUGACAUGAAUGAGCCGGCCAGUUUCGUGCAUGGCACCGUUGGAGAGAAGUGUCUAGGGGAUCAAAAUUUGGAAUAUCCCCCAUACAUGCCCCCUCUGGAGUCCAUGUACAGAGGUCUGAACCAUAAGACUUUAUGCAUGAACAGCGAGCAGAUCCUUGCUGAUGGCACACGCGUCAAGCAUUAUGAUGUCCACAACUUGUACGGCUGGUCUCACACCAAACCCACUUACGAUGCUUUGCUUAGUACCACUGGAAAGAGAGGUGUGGUGAUUACCCGUUCAACAUACCCGUCUAGUGGUCGCUGGGCAGGACAUUGGCUGGGAGACAACUACUCCAGCUGGAACCAGCUUCUGAAGUCCAUCAUAGGCAUGAUGGAGUUCAGCAUAUUUGGCAUCCCUUACACCGGCGCUGAUAUCUGUGGCUUCUUUAACCAUGCCGAAUACGAGAUGUGUCUGCGUUGGAUGCAGCUCGGAGCUUUCUACCCAUUCUCCAGAAACCACAACACCAUAAACAUGCCAAGGCAGGAUCCCGUGGCCUGGGGACCGGAGUUUGCUGCUGUGUCUCGUGAUGUCCUGAAUAUUCGCUACACCCUCCUGCCGUAUCUGUACACACUGAUGUACGAAGCUCACGCUCACGGAAACACUGUGGUCAGACCACUGCUGCACGAGUUUGUCACAGAUGAAAACACAUGGACGAUUGACAGGCAGUUCCUCUGGGGUCCGGCUCUUCUGAUCACACCUGCUCUGGACCCGGGUGUUACUGUGGUCCGGGGCUACCUGCCAAACGCCCGCUGGUACGAUUACCACACGGGUGAAGUUGUUGGAGCGCGAGGACAGUUUGUGUAUAUGGAUGCACCAUUAUCGAAAAUUAACCUGCACGUAAGAGGAGGACACAUCCUGCCCUGGCAGAAAGCAGAGAAAAACACACACUACAGUCGUCAGAAUCCUCUGGGUCUUCUUGUUGCUCUUGAUGAUGGAGGUUCAGCAUAUGGAUCCUUGUUCUGGGAUGAUGGAGAGGGAAUUGAUACUGUUCAGAAUAAGCGUUUCCUCUUGACAACUUUCACUGCGUCUUCGGGUGUUCUCACCAGUGCAGUUCCCACUGAUGGUCUGGCUGAGGCCGACAGGUUGACCCUGGGUCUGGUGAAGGUGUGGGGUGUAACAGCGCCCGUCACUCGUGUUACCUUGAGCGUGACUGGAAAGCCUGACGUCGCACUGGCAUUCACAUAUAACGCUGAGGUUCAGGAGCUGCAGUUUGAUGCGACAUCACAAUCUCACACCAUUGAAAAGCCUUUCACAAUCACCUGGAACAGCUAGACUUGGACACCAGUCUGUGGAAACGGGCUUGAGCCAAGAGCAAUCACAUGAUUAUUUACCUUAAUUUACCAAUGUUUAGUCAACUGUUAAAUUAUUUUGCAUUUCCAUGGCGAGCUUUUCAUGGUACACUGUAAAAACACCAAUAAAUAAAAUGUUGAAAGUGCAAAAAUA